AUGAAGAGCUGGAUGCUGUUGGGUGCAGCGAUUUGGGGCUGCCUCUUCUCUGGAUCUCUUGCGCUGAACAAUGACGACAAAGAGUUUUCUUGUCCUGAGAAGGAAGGUUAUUACGCAACCCCAGAAUGCAACACAUACUACGACUGUAAGGGUGGACAUGGCACAAGGAAGACGUGUCCCCUUGGUCUCCACUUUAGCCGCAUAACCAGAAUGUGUGAUUGGCCUGUAUUUGCUGGUUGUGAUAAAGACAAGACCUGCCACUGUCUCUAUCCAAGCCCAACAAACUGUAGUAUUUAUUAUCUCUGUACUUUGGGAGUUCCUACCAAAGAGUAUUGUGCAGGAGGUCUUUAUUUUGAUCUAGAUAUCGGGACGUGUAACCUUAAGGAAAAUGUCCAAUGUGAUGUUACUACCACCUUGAAAACUACUACCAUUACUACAGUCCAGCCUCCAGUGGACGAUUGUAUUGAGUGUGGUCUGUUUAAAGAUCCGGAGAACUGUCGUCGAUUCUAUCAGUGUUCCCAAGGUAUCAGGUACCACAAAUGGUGCUCUGCUGGUCUUCAUUAUAACGAACACCUUAAAAUCUGUGAUUGGCCAGAAAACGCUUGCUGCGGAACAAAUACAUCUUGCUCAAAACCAACGCCUCAACCCACACAGUCACAGGAAGGUUGCAACUGCGAGUGCUGUUUUUUCCCCGAUGAGAAAGACUGCGCAGCUUACACCUACUGUGAGAAAGGAGUUCUUUACAAAAAACGCUGUUCAGACGGCCUCUAUUUCAAUGCUAAAAUAGGAAAUUGUGACCUUGAAAGCAAUGUAGAUUGUCAGAUUGAUCCUAAGUGUCCACAACCCAACGGAAAGUAUCCAAUUCCUGGCACCACUACCUACUACCUGCUUUGUAUUAAAAACAUCGUCAGGAUAGAGAAAUGCCCUGAAGGACUCGAAUUUGAUCCUGUUACCAUGUGUUGCACUUGGCCAGACACGUCUCAAAACAAAACAGUUCCAGGGCUCAUCAUCUACCCAGCGAAGAAAGAUUGCCCCUGUGACUGUUGUGCUAUUCCGGAUCCCGAUGACUGUACAAAGUUUACACUCUGUAUCAACGGCAAUGCUAUUGUGCAACAGUGUGCUGAUGGCCUUCUCUUCAACCCUAAGAUUGAGAAUUGUGACUAUGCAAAGAACGUGGACUGUAAUUAUAAGCCAACACAACCUCCUGCUAUCCAGUGUGAAAAACCGUUUGGUCUUUUUCCUCAUCCUAGCAAAUGCAACCAGUACAUUAAAUGUUCUUACAGUAUCCCUGAUGUGAAAAAAUGUCCAAGUAUUCUUCAUUUUAAUCCCAAUCUCAGAGUUUGUGAUUGGUCGUGGAACGCUGGCUGUGGUAAACCAUAUGACAAAGAUCCACCUCCCGAGGGCAAAUGCGAUUGUGACUGCUGUAUGAAACCUGUAUCAGGUGACUGUGCAGCUUAUAUUAGAUGUGAGAACCGUAAUAAAUACUACGGAAGAUGUAUAGGAGGAUUAAUGUUCAAUCCAAAGAUUGAAACGUGUGAUUUUGCAGAAAACGUCGAUUGUGGUGAUAAACCAGACUUUGGCUUUAAAUGUAACACCAUAUUUGGUCUCUUCUCUCACCCCAACGACUGUACUAAGUUCAUCCAAUGUGCCAAUUGGAGGCCUCACGUGAAAGAUUGUCCCUCAGGACUUCAUUUCAAUACAGUUUUGAAAAGUUGUGAUUGGCCUUGUUUAGCUCGCUGUGAUCCCAACAUACCAGUUUGUCCAACUGAAACAACUAACACCACAGUAACUACCCCUGGCUGUAGUUGUGAUGGGUGUAUAACACCCCACCCUAACGACUGUUCAGCUUAUUACAUAUGCAGAAAUGGCCAGAGAGAACUCCUUUACUGUCCUCGGGGUUUUCAGUUUAACAGUAAAACUAAAGCUUGUGAUUACCCUAUAAACGUUCGUUGCUGGAAGUUCAUCUGUCCUCUGCCUGAUGGAAUGUUUAAGAACGAUAACGACUGUGGUAGCUUUUGGCACUGCUCAAAUGGAAUUCCUCACUUCAAGGAUUGUCCUGCUAACUUACACUGGAGUGUGGCAGGAAAUAGGUGUGAGUGGCCUUGUCUUGCAAAGUGUGACCCCGUUGUUCCAACCUGCCCUCCGAGUACAACUUUAAAACCUAUUGAUCCCUGGUGUCCUUGUUCUAAGUGUCUCAGCGAAGAUCCGUUCGACUGUCAGGCUUUCUUUAAAUGUGAUAACGGUGUCCGAGAGAAGAAGUACUGUCCCACGGGUCUGUACUUCAACAAGAAUACUAAAGUAUGUGAUCACUUACAUAACGUUGAAUGUCCAGAUAUUGGAGAUCCUUGUCUUUGUAAAGCUCCGAAAGGCAAGUUCAUCCUUCCAGAAGACUGUGGGAAGUACGUGGAAUGUAUCAACGGAAUCGCAUUCAUCCGAAAGUGCCUUUGGGGCCACAAAUUUGAUCGAUCUAGACAGAUCUGUGCUUCAACUAAUGACGAUUGUGAUAUAUUUGGUAAGAGCCCUAUCUGUAAGAAACGAAAUGGACUCUUCUCAAAAACGGGUGAUUGCACCAGGUUUUACCUCUGUUCUAAUGGAAUUGCUUAUCUUAAGAGCUGUCCUUCAUCUUUAUACUUCAACCCUCAUCUCAAGGUCUGUGAUUGGCCGAAAAACGUUCAUGAGUGUGGAGUCGAUCGAGAUAACGAAUCAACCUGCGACGUUACCUAUAACAUCAAGUGUCCACCCUGCGCCUGCCGAGUGCCUGACCUGCAUGACUGUGGUACCUUUUACCAAUGUACCACUAACGGUAUAGCCUGUAAGAAAACAUGUCCAGCCGGUCUCAGGUUUAAUCCCAUGAGUAUGACGUGUGACCUACCUAAGAAUUAUGAUUGCACUUUAACAGCCUCUGGAGAAAGACAGGAAGAGGAAGUCAACAAUAAAGAUACUGAUGUCUGUAGGGGCCAAACCAGUGGAAUGGUUAGAAGUCCGACAAACUGCUCAAAGUUUAUUCACUGCAGCCCAGCUGGACCAGGACAAGAACAAAACUGUCCAGCUGGACUCUACUUUAAUGAAAAUAUCCAGGCUUGUGACUACAAACAAAACGUCAACUGUUAGUUAUUCUAGAACCAACACCAAUACAUUGUUUGAUUCAGUACUAAUAGGGGAAUAAAAGAAACAGGACUGGUGUUACUCUAAAAAUAGAUAGUGUCAUUUUUAUGUCUUGAGUAAUUAAAAUAAGUUGUAGAAAUACAAAAAUACUACAUACUAUUCUAUUAAUGUAUAUGAUUUUUAAUUUUUCUACUUGCGUAAAGCUGAAAAGUAUUCAGUUGUUUUAAAAAAUUCGACAAAGA